AUGAGGACUUUAUUUUUCUGGCUGUCACUGUCCUUUUUCUUUGCCUCUAUCUAUGGAAGCCCCACGGAUUGCAAUGAAGGAUAUCAUAUUCCAACUGACUUGACAAAGGUGAGAAAAGCUAGAAGAAUUACGGAGAACCUAGUGAAUGUUAAUACAGAUUUUUAGAGAGGAGCACAAUGGAAGUGGGAGAAAAAAAGGCAGAAUGAGACAGUGUAAAGGAGAGCGGAGAGCAAUAGGAGUUGAGAGAGGUGGGUUAGAGGAGAAAUUGCAUGUGACCGGGGUACAGGAAGGGGGAAUGUGAUCUAAAAGUGUGAAGGUGAUGUCAUAAGGAAAAUGGAAGAGGUGAUCUAGAAGAGAGGUGUAAGGGAGAGAUAUAAAUGAGAAGGAAAUUGUGAGUUGGAAGAUAGAAUAGAAUUAUAGGGUAGGAUAGAGGUCAGUCAGUAAAUACUGGGGAGAUGUAUACGAGUAUUACAGAGUAAUCUCCUUUAUUCCCUACUUCUCCAGGCUUCUUGCAUGUUCUCCUUAAAUUAAUCCUGUCUCGUUCUGUGCUCCCCACUAUUCGAUGCGGCCUUUAUCUUAUGUAACAUAGCCCGCGCACUUCACAUUAUAUAGUUUAUUAACUCAGGCCACAACAUUCCCGAUUUGAUACACUGGUUCACAUUACCGUUAACCUGAUUUUUUAUAUCCUUGAUAGAACCGGUUCUGUCCUCACCUGGCACUAGUUUUGUGUUUCUUCACUGGCUCUAUUAAUAACUCACCCACUCUGCACGUUGCUCGUCCAUUAGACUUACAGCUCUGAUCUUGUUUGUCCACGUUAUCCAGUUCCUCUCUCUCUGCACUGACACUCUGACCUUCAUUUAAUAAUUUUUGAUAAACUUUUUAAAUGACUUAUAUACAGAAGUUAUAAUAAAAAUAUAUGUGAAUUUUUGUUGAUAAAUGAUUUGAAAAUGUUAUCCAAAAAGAUUAAAUAAUUUGAAAACACAAUUUAAAACUAUUAAAGUCCAGAUCUCUGUCUGACUACUUGCUCAUAGAUUCAAUGACUUUGUAGAUGACAUCCAGAUCUUUCUCGAUUCUCCACGCAAGAUCUCCCCUCCUACAUGUCCUCCUGCCUCCCUGGUAUCUUCUCCCAAAUAUCUUUAUGUUUUCUGAGAAUAAGAACAGCCAAGGCUACCUCACUACCCCUUAACAUCCUCUGCUAUUUCUUUCUCUAUUCUGAUUCUGCCUCCUACAAGCACUUAGCUCACAACGCAGGACUCCUGUUUCAUUCCCCUUUACUCUUUUAGACUUAUAUAUCUUCUGUUAGUUCAAUUUGCCGUUUCCACCCAUUCGAUAUCUCGAUAUGUCCUAGGAAAUGGUGACUGGGCAGAUUUUUCAAUAAUAUUUAAGAAGCUUGGCUGCUCUUAACCAUGUUUCAUUCCCCAAUACUCUAUGAAUCCUCCUCUGAAUGCCUCAGCUCCUCCCUUGCAAAACCCAAGUGGAUUUCUAUCUGUUGACCCCCUUUUUUUAAAGCCUUUCAUUCUCCUGGCCUCCAAAUCUAUUCUCACAUCUGGAAGCAGAUUCAUUAGAACCUCUAAAUACAUGAGUUUAACAAAGGAUUUCACAGACCAGGGGUGCCCAAAAAGUAGAUCCCCCAAUGUUUUAAAACUACCGAUUUCAUGAUGCUUCAUUAUUCUAAAGCAUUCUAAAGGCACGCAAUGCAUUAUCGGAGUUGUAGUUCUACAACAUCUGGGGAUCUACCUUUUGGACAUCCCUGUCCUAGAUUCCCCCCUCCACCUUCCCAGCUGACAUAUGUCCUCAAUGACUAAUAUGGUAAUGACCAUAGCCAUGGUACCUGGUCUUUAUCAAACUCUAAUCCCAUCCACCUUAUUCUAGGCUGCAUGUGCCAAGGGAUGAUUGUGGGAAGUAAAAUUAAACGUAUGUAAUUGUUAAUGGUGUUAAAUAAAUAUGUUAAUUAGUGCUGCAUUAAUAUAUCAGCCAAGUCGGAGUGUUUAGUUCUAUGUUUAUAUAUGAUUUAAUAAUUUAUAUCAUAUUUUGAUUUUAACAUUUUAUGUGAAACGUUAAUUUCUAUAAUAUUACCAUUGAUUCAGUGAUUAGCAUUAAAGACAGAGAAGGACACUGCAUAAUCAAUGUUACAUAAACAACUAAAUAAUUAAACAAUGAAAUAAAUCAAAAUGUGGGUAGUGGGUAGAUUAAACUAGCCCUAGAAAUUGGAGAAAAUGGGGAGAAGGUAGGUAAAGGGUCUCUCCUAGUAAAGAAAAGCCCCCAUAAAGGCUAAUAAAAAGUAAAAUAGAUAAAAGUAGGUAUGGAAGCCUACACGUACUAUGAGAUCUCUAACCAAAUCGAGAAUUAAAUAGUGUGUUCUUGUAGUAGACUUUGAAAUAUAAAGUACAUGACAAAAAUGGAACAACAGUAAAAUAUGAGGAUAUGUGGGAAAUUAAUAUAGCAGAAGCAAGGGAAUAAAUAUGGGAAUAAAAUGCAGUAUAACAAAUGGUCACUAGGUGGCAGCCAGGUACCAUGCACUCACAUGAGAGGGAAAUGUUAACUAAACAUUGCGUUGCCAGCAGACAAAUAUUGAAAUCAAAUGGUCUGCUGCAAAUAGAUAGAUUUGCACAAUAUCAUCAAUUAGAUGGAUAAAUAACUCAGUAGUCCAGAACUUGGUAGAGUAAAAUCAUACCAAAAUCAUAUAUCAAUAGUAAGAGUCAGUGGAUUGUAUUUUAGAUAGCAGAGUUUGUUUGAUGCAGGGAAAGAGAAUGGUAUAAAGUGAUAUCGAUAUCACAGCCAACACAUUAUGCUAUUAUCCAUUAGAAUUGGUAACAGCAUUAAUGUAUCAGGCUGUAGAAACAAUAUAACCAGUGAUGGUAACAGUUGGAUACAAGCAGGAAUGAAAAGGAAUGACCACUAUGGCAGGUCAAUGGUAAUGAUAGUUCCUCCCAAGUUGGAACUGUAAAUACAAGUAGCAGUGCUUUUUAGUUAAAAUCUUCAAGUUUAUUAUUGAAAGUUAAAAUACGCUUACGGACAUGAAGUGUAAGAUAGCAGCAAAUGAGUCCUGAGGAGUCUGCGAGAGCAGGUGGUGUUGGAAGUGCACUAAGUGGAAGGCACGCGAGGAGGAUUCCAUCUCUCCCAGCACAGUGAGAUCAUCUCACCGGCCGGAGAAAGAUCUUCCAGCCUCUUUCCAUUUGUAUACUGCAUUUUAUUCCCAUAUAUGCGUGCUGCUGCUAUACUAAUUUCCCACAUAUCCUCAUAUUUUAUUGUUGUUCCAGUUUUGUCAUGUACUUUAUAUUUCUAUGUCUAUUACAAGAACACACUGUUUAAUUCUCGAUUUGGUUAGGGAUCUCCUAGUACGUGUAGGCUUCCAUACCUACUUUUAUCUAAUGAAAUAAAUCAGACUGUCAGUGACUGGGCAUCAGACAAGUUUAAACUCCUCUACACGUAGAUUGUCCACCAUUAUCUUGACGUAGUGUUAGUUACAGGCUUUUUUGUUGUUGUGAAAGAUGAUAGGAAAUUAGAAGCAGUGAUGAUCUGCAAGGAAAACCGAGGCAUCAUGUGAAUUAGUGAACAGAUAGAAAAUAUGGAAAGGAAUGAAUAAUGAUUGUCAUGUCUAUUGACAGGUAAACGGUCUGUGGAAUGUAAAGGUUAUUGCUGCCUUCAAAGAAGCCGAAUCGGUGAAAGUAAUAAAUUAUCUGUAUGCAGAAGUAUCUGUCACUGAGAUUGAAGCAAAUAUAACGUCCAGCAAUCCGUGAGUGUCACGGUUACACAAAAUGUAACCAAACUAGUGUCAGUAAUGUAUGUAAUAACCACUACACAAUGACAUCAUCACAUGUACUAACCAGAUAAACAUACUUCCAGCAAUAUACACAGCGACCACAGUGUGCCACCAUCGCAACCAAUGAAUGCAGGUAUUAAAGCUGGUAUACUAUACUUAAUGUAAGCUCGUUUGAGCAGGGCCCUCUUCAACCUAUUCUUCCUGUAAGUUUUUGUAAUUGUGUCAUUUAUUGUUAAAUCUCCCCCUUUGAUAAUAUUGUAAAGCGCUACGGAAAAUGUGGGCGCUAUAUGAAUACCAGUAAUAAUAAUAAUAAUAAAUAAUAGGGCUACUAUAAAACAAUGGCCAGAGAUAUACUUCCUGCAAUAUGCGUAAUGUCCACUAGGUGUCCCCAUUGCAUGUAAUGUCUGUUGAAACCUAAUGACUAUUAUUUAUUGAAUGGCCACUUCACAUGCAAUGGCACUAGGAGUAAUUUCAUGUAGUACGCACCAUAACCACAAGGUGGCACAAUCACGAACAUUAGAGAAUCAUAUUAUAUCACCCUCACAGUGAAUAGGCUUUCUGAAUAUACACCGUGACCAUUAUAUAGUUUGGGGGUGCCAAAAAAGGUAGAUCCCCAGAUGCUUUAAAACUACAGCUUCUAUGAUUCUUGUAAUUCGAAAGACAUUCUAAAUUCAUGCAAAGCAUCAUGGGAGUUGUAGUUCUAUAGCAUCUGGUGAUCUACCUUUUGUGCAACCCUGAUAUAGUAAUUUCUGUAGCAUAUAUAUAAAUUAUUGGUGAAAAUCUAGAUGUUCUUUGGAGAUAAGAAUAUAAAACAUACAACAAUUUAAUAAUGUAUAAGAGAUAGCAAGUUAAAAUCUCACAUUUAUAUGAAUCCUUACUAGAGAAAUAUGGAUAACUCUAGCCUUAUUAGUUGUGAUUAAUUGCCACAUUUAUUAAAAAAUGAUUUUUAAAAUUGCACUCAAUUUAUCACAUCCUUGAAUUGAAUAUGUUUGUGGUGUGGCACACUUUGAUGUUGACCGAGUCAUUUUGCCACGGGGCACUGGUUAAACAUUACUGGCGGGAUUUUAUUACUGAGAACAAUUUGUUUCACUGGAAUAAUAACUAGCUGACGAGUAUGUAAAAAAUAUAGAAAAGAGCACAAUUACUUUAAAACCAAACAAUAUGAGUGACAUUUGUAACAAUAGCCUUGAUUCAAAAUUAUCAGCAAAGCUCAGUAGAAAAUUACCCACGGUGUUCGGUCGAUAUCUUAUCGAAUUAUGGCUUGAUUUGAAAUCAGCCGAAUCGAAUAAACGGGUCAGCUGCCACCAAGCCCGAUGACAACAUAACCCUCAGGUAGGAGGAGGACUACCACCGACGUCAUGGGCACUCCUGGGGAUGGGGGACUCAUUCCCUAUGAAUAGGAUACUGAACAACACCGGCAUGACCCCCCUGAGAGAACUGCUGGUAGGCACACAACCCACUAGCCUACAAUCCUUUCGUUAUAUACAACUCAAGUACUACUACCAGACACUCCCAGGAAAAGAAGCACUACAUCAACACUUAUCAUGGUUCGAAACACUUUGCGAUCACAAGACUACCCUACACAAGACAAUAUCCAUUCUAUAUCAACACCUACUAGUGGGACAUCUCACCAACAAUGACUUAUUCCGCCGCCGUUGGGAACACAUACUGGAUACAUCAUUCACCACAGCCCAAUGGGAAAAUAUCCUUAUUCUCCACCAUAAAUGCUCCUCUCAUACAAACUUCUCUCUUUUUGGUACAGAACACCUGAUAACCUGCACAGAAUCUUCCCAAAUGUACCUAAUACAUGCUGGAGAUGUGGGGAAGAUCAGGGCACAACACUACACAUAUGGUUGGACUGCCCGCUCAUUACACCGUUCUGGGAAGAAGUGAAGCAGAAAACAGAGGAAAUCUUAGGGACGGACGGAAAUCUUGACGCAGGGGCAGCUCUUCUACACUCCACACCAGACAUCAUUGGAACAUACAGGAAAACCAUCCUCAGACACCUUUUGAACGCCGCCAAAGCACUAAUACCGUUACACUGGAAACAGACCGCUACCCCAACAUUAGGACAAUGGAUGGAGUGAGUGGAAGAGAUAUAUAGGGCGGAAUCAACACAAGCCUCCCUACUGGGCCUUGAGGAGAAGAAUGUGGAGAGAUGGCGCCCGUGGCUGACUUCUAUAGCGGACCGGAGCACGGACAGUGGAGUCCGCCAACACGUUGAGGGAACCCCGCGCCCUCCCUCCUAGAUGGGGAGGACGACACGAUCCGAUGCGACAUGCAUGGGAAGCACAGGCAUAGGGCCCCUCUACCCCCCCUUACAUGCCCCCCCACCCUCUUCCCCCCCCCGCAUAUCUUUUUCUCCUUCCCCUUCUCCUCUUACCUUUUUCUCUUAUUUCACACUCAUUCUUCUUCUAAGUUCUCCAACAACGAUACGCCACAUUGACUGAAAAGCGGAUGCAGUAUAGUUCAACCCGUGGUUGCCUACAGACACACCACACACUUACGCCUAUAGAACCGACUAGGGACAAACAUCCCAUACACAAUGCCACGAAACACAAAUGGAGUAUACAUAUUCACGGCUAAUGGCAUUCAGCCAAGGUCCUACAGCUCGCAACCAUCACACAGCAGACAAAACACACUGGUACAAAGCGACACCACAUGUAGCUACACAACAACCACAGCCAAGGCACCCUUGCACCUAGAGGGCGACACAGGGACACGCUCCCCAGAGACAUAAGGUAAUACUCUAAUGACAAAAAAGUCCCAAACACGGACCAUCCCAAAGUGACUAGGCGAACGCACGCCACCCAAUAAGCCAGGGCAGAGACACCCACUGAAAAUGCUGACCGACGAGAUAGGCGCACACAGCCAAUAAAGCUCCGCUUACCUGAUAGCACUGGAACCCACUGAAAAGGCAGUGUUUACAUGAAAAUGCCUGCCGGGAAUGGUUAUACUCAUCAGAACCAAUCCAUUAAGCUAUAGUUGUUAGUGUCCCUUUUAUGGAUUUAAUGACUGGAAAAUACACAGUUUUUGCAAAAUUCUGCUGCCACAAGUAUUACAUAGAGAAAUACAUGUCCUUUCAAAUAUAGUAUGAAAGCUAAUGAUACUGCCGUGAGCAAACUACAACUCCCAUCAAGCUCAGCUAGGAACUGGUAUUCUUAUAUUGCACAAUUUAAUUAUUGGCUUAUUGCUUUGUAAAUGCUCUCUCUCUUACACCCAAUGAGUGCAACACAAAUGACAAAUGUUGCAGAUUAUUGUAUUUAUGUAUUAUAUUACCAGACAAUAUUUGGGUAUUUAGUAAGAUUUUGAAAUACUCAACUUGGUUUCUCCUCUUUAUCAUUCUUUAUUUAUAAAGCACCAUCAUAGUCCGUAGCGAUGUCAUGGGGUACGAUUGGUACAAGUAAAAUAGCUCAGUACAAUAUAACUAAGAGAUAAUCCAUGAAUUUGGCACACAGGUACCCCAUUAUCAUGGAAAUUUACCAUCUGGAUGCAAACAGCUGAAUUAGCAGUUUAAAGGUAUACUGUUGUGCCAGGAAUACAAAGCUAUAUUCCUGGCACUACCGAUCCCUCUGCCUCCACCCACACUCCCUUGCGCCCCCUCCUACGCGGUAAAUCCUUUUAUUGACUUAUAAAAAAACAAGUCCUGCGCUCAAACUCCCAUCACUCCUGGGCGGCAGCAACAACCAUAGAACACAUCAGCCCCAAUACAUACAGUAAAAACCCAAACCAUUGUAUCACACAGCUAUGUUACAAUGCUACCGCCCAUCCCAUGUGUUCCUUAUUAGGGGUUAGUAAACAUGUAGGGGUGUAUAUAAAUCAAAUACCCCUUUGUGUCACAUUAGAGAUAUCUUUGCCAGAAGCUCAAGGAAGCAAGAUGAAAGGUUGGUGUGGGACCCACCUGGGAGGUCUGCCUUGACGUGGCAGGUGGGCAGUCUCUAAUGGCCAUUGGAGAAACAAAAUAACCUCCAUUUGUUUAAAUAUGCAUAGGGAUUUGGGAAGUUAGGUAACUUUUUUCUUAGCCCUUUAUUUACUUACCUGAUUCAGCACCGAUGUCCCACGGCGCUGGGUCGAAGCUCCACCCCCUCCUGCGUCCUGCGCCGAGCGGGGUCUAAUGCGCAUACGUGGCAAAUGCCAUACGCACAUUAGACCUCCCCAUAGGAAAGCAUUGAAUCAAUGCUUUCCUAUGGGGAAAAAUCUGACGCUGGAGGUCCUCAUGCAGAGCGUGAUGACGUCCAGCGUCAGAUAACAGACCAAAGUCUGCUUUGAUUACGUAUGCCCUCUAGUCUGACUUAGAGCUGCAAUGUAAACAUUGCAGUUUUCUGGAAUGGCAAUGUUUUACAUUGCACCACUAGGUACAAAGGGGACACAACACCCAUAACACUUCAAUGAGCUAAAGUGGUCUGGGUGCCUACAGUGUCCCUUUAACUGAGAAGUGAUUGGCAUCAGUGUAAAGUGUUGCAAUUCUAAAUGAAAAGUUCAAGCUAGUCAAAAAGUUCCUAUUUACUCUUGAGACCCUACAAGACAAUGGACUAUAACAUCUGCAAUGCAAGCAACAACCACUGGGUGUCACUAUGAGAUAAACCCAGGAUUUAUACAAACUAUCACAAGUCCUAUUAUAAAACACACAGUGAGCAUAUGGAAAUAUCAUACGGUACAUUCUGCAAUGAGUGUCAGUGUCUGUAUCCCCACUGUAUAUUGCAUUAAUGUAUCUUUACAAAUUAUUCAUUUUUUCAUUUCAGGAUCUACAAUUUAGAAUUGGAGACCACCAGAAACAGGAGAAUAGAUGAUCAGAAAUUAUCCUUAUCUUAUAUAGUUAGAUCAACCGAAGGUAAGAAAUUAAAUAAUUAAUUUUCAUUUAUUUUUUAUUAUUAAUUGUGUAAUAAUUUGCACUCUGUAUCAUAUUAACACAUCUCGAUGUAAAGAAAGUCAGGACUAUAAAGACUCGAAAGGGUCUGAAUGUGCAGCGUUUGUAUGGAGUCUGUAUGUGCAGCGUUUGCGCAUACAGAGAUUAACCCCUAAGCUACCAGCGAUGUAACUCCACUGCUAGCAACGCUAAUAGCCAGCCCAGAACAAAGUUCAAAGCUGGCUGUUAUCAAUUAUCUGCAAAAUUGGCAUCUGAUUCCAGCACACACAAUGGUACCACAACCUUCCCCUCCAUCCUACCCCAAGUCUGUCCUCGAUGCCCUCUCUCCCUCUCCAGCGAGGGGGUGUGACAUCAGGCAAAGAGGAUCGAGCUGCAGGGAGAUAUUUUAAUUUUUUCUUUAUUUUCUUUUUUUUUUGAGGGGGAGGGGACAACCUCAGAAGGUAAAAUAUAGGUUUUUGGUUGGAGUAGCCCUUUAAUGUGUAAAUAAAUAUAUGUAACGUAAAAAUAGAAAAACAAUAGCAUACUGGGAUUUCACUAAAAAUGUGGCUUUUCUGCAAAAAUCGCCAAAUAAAAAAAUUAAAAAAUUUCUACUUUUCCUGGUCAGUGACUUCGAUUAUCUGGGCAGUAUUCAUGAUAAAGCAGAGACCACACAUAGCAAGCACAUAACUGCUUACUGCAUGGGUGGGACGCCACCGACACAGCAUUUAUCUUCACGUAAAUAAUGCACGUGCCAUUAACUGAUUUAUCUGUAACUUUCUCUCUGCAGGAGAAGUUUAUACUUUAACAUUUUGGCAAUCGAAUCCAGAAAGUUUGAUAGCAAUCCAGGAUUUGAAUAAUGAAACCAAAGUAGCUUUUUUAUACAGUAAGUAUUACUAAAGAGCAUGUUAGCGAACAUCAGCGGCCCGAGUACAGCAUUCUUCUUACUGCGUUAUAAAAAUAAUGCGUUAUCAUACUAAAACAAAUUUUUAAAUUUUAAAAAAGAUACGCACCUUUGAAGUUCCAGUGUUUGCUGUAAAUCCCAGAAAUUUUCAAAAACUGUAGUGAACUCUUAGUUGAAAUAUUAUUUUUAUUAUCUAUUUGUAUUAAACUGACUUAUGGGAAGAAGUGUUUUGCUUUAAUAUAUUCAUUGCUGACUCUCUGUAUAAUCACUAAACUGUGUUAAGAACCCAGGAUAAACACAUCCUAAUGUGUAAUAAAAAGUAACGCUGGAAACUAGCUAAACUAUUCAGUAAACUGUGACAUCUCCGGAAGUAGCCAAACUAGAAGCACUUCUGAUUUAGGGGAUUUUUUCUGGUUCGGUUAUUUUGACCCUAAAUUUUAAAUUCACUUUGAAUUCUCACUUUUGUGAAUAACCCUGUUAGUGAACAUGAUUGCUAAGCUUUUUUAACCAAUUUCUGUGUUUUAGGCCGAGGGACAUCCCUGCCAGAGUCCGAGGUUGAGCAUUUUAAAAAAUGGAGCACCUGCAAAAAACUUGUCUUCCUGAGGGAGUUUGAGAUUAGUGUGAAUUAUGGUAAGGCAUUUUGUUAUUAUAUAGAUCAUCCACCAUAUGCAACAGGGCAAUUUUAACACAUAGGGGAGCCAUUAAACGAGUAUCAAUUCCAUGCGACCUUCCCACUUUCUUUCAUUCUUUGCCACAUAUCGUACAGAAAUUGUUUUUCUUAUAUUCAAAAUUAAUCAGAAAAAAAAGCCACAAAGUGGUUAGAACCCUCAUCGGUGAUCAGUAUUCCCUACUCAUUGCACAUCACAUUGACAGUUUAUUGAGUAUAUCGGCCAGUAAUAAAGGCAUUUCUGACGAUAAUCCCUUUUCUCCAUUUUAGCUCUGGAAUGCCACGGACUCUUCGAACACUCCACGCAUUUGGAUGACAUUGUGGUUAGUAUCUAUUAAAUGACACAUCAGAUCCUCUAUAUGCUUAUAGGAAAAAGUCAUGAUCCUUCCCUACUGUGUAUUCUAAAUCACUGUCACUAUUAGAAGGACGGUGAGAAUUGUUAAAGGUCACAUAUUGUAUUCCUCUUACGCAUUUCACGUCUCACUUCUAACCUCACUUCCAUAGGUAUGGAAGAACAGACUUUGUAAGGGUCCAGAGUUAAUUAUUGAUUCUGCCGCCAGCUGGGGUUACUUUUAAACUUCCUUCUUUUCCAGGAUAAAGCCACAUGGGGGCUGGUUGCAAAAUCUUCCAGCAUUGUUGAUAUCAAUUAUCUAAAGAGGAUCCUGUAUGAAGGAAAGCUGGAAAUCAGCAAGACGGGAGACGUGUAUAGUGUUCUAGAAAUCCUGACUUUGUAAGUUAUCUCCAUCUCUCCAAAACCUGUGUGUUUGCGUAUACAUGAAUCAAAAUCAAUAUUGUGGAUUGUGUACAUAGUCUAGAUUAGUGUUCUGUGCCUGGAUUGGUGUAUGCUGUCUGGUUUGGUAUACUCUGUAUGUAUGUAUGUGUGUGUGCUUGUCUGUUUGUAUGUAUGUAUGUAUGUAUGUAUGUAUGUGUGUCUUGUGUGUGUGUGUCUGCGUGUGUCUGCGUGUGUCUGUCUGGCUGUAUGUGUCUGCCUGUGUGUAUGUGUGCCUGUCUGUUUUUUUAUGUAUCUGUCUUUGUAUGUAUGCGUGUCUUCUGUGUAUGUCUGUAUGUGUGCCUGUCUGUCUUUAUGUGUGUGUGUCUGUCUGUAUGUGUGCCUGUCUGUCUGUGUGUGUGUGUGUGUCUGUAUGUAUGUGUGUGUGUGUCUCUAUGUAUGUGUGCCUGUCUGUUUGUAUGUAUGUGUCUGUGUGCCUGUCUGUGUGUCGGUCUGUAUGUAUGUGUCUGUGUGUGUCUGUCUGUAUGUAUAUAUGUAUGCCUGUGUGUUUGUAUGUAUUUGUCUGUGUGUGUCUCUCUAUGUAUGUGUGUGUGUGUGUGUGUGUCUGUCGAGGGGGAGUACUGAGGGGGGGGGCACGGAUCAUUUUUGUACCAGGGCCCCAUGGUUUGUGUGCCACUGUCUGGAUUUGUGUACGCUGUCUGGUUUGGUGUACUCUGGAUUUGUGUACUCUAUCUGGUUUGGUGUGCGCUGUCUGGUUUGGUGUACUCUGGAUUUGUGUACUCUAUCUGGUUUGGUGUACUCUGGAUUUGUGUACUCUAUCUGGUUUGGUCGGUGUAUGCUGUCUGGGUGAGAUUAUAUGGAAUAAACAGGAAUAUGACGUAAUCAUCCACCAUGUAGAUGAAAUAUGCUGAUCACAUCUCCGAAUGUGGGUCAAGCUGGCCAAUAUCUAUGUUAGAGUUAGGAAAGGUUUUAGACAGGAUGCAGUAAGCUGGGUAAAAUCCGAUAUAAAGGGGAAAACAAUGAAAACUAGUUCAUAAAAACAAGUAAUAACAGGACAGGCCCCUGCAUUCUCAGGUAACAGGAAAAGCCUCUGUUUAAUCAGGUAACAGGACAGGGCUCUGCAUUCUUAGGUAACAGGACAGGCCCCUGACUUCUCAGGUAACAGGAAAAGCCUCUGUUUAAUCAGGUAACAGGACAGGGCUCUGCAUUCUUAGGUAACAGGGAAAAGCCUCUGUUUAAUCAGGUAACAGGACAGGGCUCUGCAUUCUUAGGUAACAGGGAAAAGCCUCUGUUUAAUCAGGUAACAGGACAGGCCUAUGGGUUCUCAAAUAACAUGAGAGGUUUUUGGGUUAACAAGUAACAGGACAAACCUCAUGGAUCUCAGGUAACAGGACAGGCUUCUUGGUUGUCAAGUAACAUGCCAAACCUUGUGGCUCUCAGGUAAUUCAUUUUGCCAACAUCCUGGCAUUAGAAAAAAGGGGGCACACCCGAAACAUGCAUUUCUCAGCAGUGGUGCUGCAGUAGAGGCCAAAAUGUAUAUAAAAUACAGAUUAAAGAACAGCGCGCCCAUAAAAUACAGUUUACAACUUUCCCAAGAUGCACAACCUCCACACACUGCAAUAAGCUACGAAUAGUAUUUAUAUGAUAAUCUUUUAUAUCAAUAUUCAUUCUAGCCCAGUACAGACCGUUCCUUACAGGGCACUGCUACGUAACUAACAUUUAUUAAAUCAUCUCUCUUUUCUCAUUAUCUUUCGGUUGCUGAUGCCCAACUUUUAUUUCAUUCUCUGUUUGUUAACCGCAGGCCAGGAGGUACUCACCUGUCUGAAAAGAAAUACACCAAAGGAGAAAAAGACUGUGAGUAUUAAUUAUUGAGGAUGGAGGAGGCCAUUGUUCUUCUUUAAGCCACUCCCUCACUACAUCCUGGAUUGCCCCAGAAGGUUUUGUAGCCCAGCCAAUCAGGAAGGACUACUGGCAGAUCACCUUCAUUCAUUUCAGCAGCUGUUGGAAACCAUUGAUCUUAGAUAUAAAAAAAUACAAAGAAUCCCACCUUUAGAUCAUGUAUGAAUAGACGUGCCUCUCAGAGAGAGGAAUGGGUAUUCAGAUUAUUAUUAUUAUUAUUAUUAAAGAUAAUACAUUUAUACAUUCAGAGACUAAUAAAUCUCAGAUAUGGUACGCUUUGGAAGAACCUUAUUUAAAAACUCUGUAUAAGUUGAUUAAUAUCUUUUGGGACAUAAAGUACAAAAAUAAAUUCGUAGAGGGAGAAUAUAGUUUAAUUCUUAAUAAUUGCAUGACUUUUUGGUGCACAUUUAAAAGACAAUCGAACUUGACAAACAAAAUACUCCCCUCUUUUCCAACACAUUUUCUAAUGUAUUUGAUAGAUGAUAUAGAUCUAAACGUAUGGAUAAAUAAUGGUAUUGUAAAUAUAUUUAAUAUCCUUUAAGAAACUCAGUGAUAUCAUAAAGAUAGGCCUAUAAGUCCUAGGGGUCUUGGUAGCUGGGGGAAAGACCUUGAAAUCGUUAUUGGUCUAAAUGAUUGGUAUGCCUCUCUCCAGGAUGUAUACUCUAUGGUACAUUGUUUAAAGUUAGUAUAAAUACAAUGUAAACUGUCUAACAGAUGGUAUUUGACCGCUGCUCGAGUGGCAAAAAUGUAUCCUGAAAAGAAUCUUUUCUGUUGGAGAUGUGGUCAACCAGAGGUAAUUGAAAGACACAUUUAGUGGGAUUGCCCCAUAAUCCAAUCUGGCUGGCAACAGAUCAUUUUAAAUAUUAGGACAUAGGACAGAGAUGGACACCGGAUAUGGUGUUGUUACACCUCACUAUACCAUCUAUGCCUCAUAAUUAAAAAUGUCUAUUAGUGCAUAUCCUGCUAGCGUUUAAAUUAUCUAUAGCCAGAAACCGGAAAACUCCACGGGUAGAAACAUGGCAAUAUAUAAAAGAAGUAGUUAUACAACAAUGUAAAAUGGAUAAAGGUAUUGCCUCUAUAUUUUGCGUUAACCCCCAAAAAUAUAAAAUGCGGGAUGAAUGGAUCAAAAAGUUAGAUAUUACAUCUUGAAAAGAUACAAUUUAAUUUCAAUUGCUACCGAAUUGUUGUGAAUAUGAAGAGUAAGUACAAACUAGCCUUUUAGUUUCCUCUAUAGAGAUAAAUAUAUAAUUUUGUUUGAAUACAUGGCGUACUGACGAUACACGCGAGCGGUCUAUGAAACCUGCCACCCUUUACUCCCUGGGUCCAUUGAACUGAAUAUGUCACGUGUCUGUAAUGUUAGUUAAGCCAUUAAGAUUGCCUAAUUUGAUAACUUCUAAGCGACUAAGGUUAUUAUGGCGAUUAUGUGUAAUGUAUAUAUGUAAUUUAUUCUGAAAUUGAAAAUAAAAUACAUGGAAAAAUUAAGGUGUACACAAACAAGGAAAAAUAGAAAGAAAAAAAAAACCCUCCCUCCCAGACCCUCCCUCCCAGACCCUCCCACCUCCUGGACAGCAUCCAUUGUGAAGCUGCAUUCUUAGUGAGCUGUCCAGGAGGUGGGAGAGUCUGGGAGGGAGGGUCUGCUGCUGAUUGGCUGGAAUGUGUCUGCUGACUGUGAGGUACAGGGUCAAAGUUUACUCAAUGAUGAGUCCGUGGCGAACCGUUCGCGAACCGUUCGGCGAACCGUUCGGGACAUCACUAUUAUUAGAGAACAAAUAUAAUCUGCAGCGCUAUAUAACGAAUGGGUAAACAAAAGAUGUCAGUAACCACAUAAAAAUAUAAAAAUCAUUUCAAAGACAUUUAGAAACAAGAAAUUUUACUGAAAAUAAUAGAUUGAAUGUAAUUAAUAUAAAUAUAAGUUAAUAGCUCUUUUUAGUACAACUCAUGGGUUAACCUUUUAGUUGCAGCCAUCAUUUCUCUGCUCAAACAAUGCACAAUCUGAUUUUGUACAGUGCAUUUUUGGCAUUUUUGAAAUGUCAUGUGCUUGUGUAUGAUAUCUGUAUUUGUGAGUGAAUACACAUUAUCUCUAGCUUCCCUGGAUUUUGGUCUGAAUCAAUGUGCUUCUUUGCUAAGAGAACUUAAAUAUGGCUGCCCCCAUAGAGCAAUAAUAUGCAUGUGUUGUAAACAAAAAAAACACACUAAGGCCAUAAAACAUGUAAUCUAUUUUAAAUUAAUACAUAAGAAUUUAUAACAGUUUUCCUUUAUACGGCUGACGUAUGUGAGGGAUAACAACGUACACAAAAGGUAAAUGUAAUCAAAGGAGAGAUUGAUUGACAGGUGUAAUCAUAGUAAAUGAUACAUAAAUAUUAUAUAACUGACAUAUGGUAACUAUAAUGCAGAGAGUGGGAGGACAUAAUGUAUAUAACAUACAACUGAUAUAUAGUGAUUUUAUUCAAAACAAUGAGUUAACGUUUGUACAGAUCACCUUACCUGUGACAUUCGAUUUCUGUGAAAUAAAAGUUUCAUACAUUCCAUUGCUUCUUUAUAUUAUAUUUUCCUGGCCUCUGUCUUUUGUAAUGUCUUUCCAGUGUCUAAUUAUUUAAUUUUUUUCGUUCAACAGCUGAUGUUUCAAUAUCAACAUAUAAGACUGAGGAAGGUUUAUUGGUUCUUGGAGUCAGGUCCAAGGAAUUUCGAACGCUGUUCCUGGCAUGUAAGUAUGAUCCGAGGUCAUGUAAAAAGGAAAAUAACUGAGCAUUUGGUGUUUAGAAUAAUUAUUAUAAACGUUUACAUAUUAUUUGUGCAUAUAUAUAAUGACAUCAUCCACAUGGCACAUAAAAGGGAUUGUGAAUAAAUGAAACUAAAAAGAUGGAGGUAUUUGGACAGAAUAUCAAUGACACACUGACAUUUAUAUGGUCAAAGUGGGCACAAACAGUGCUACCAAACCAUCCACCGUGAGAAUGUGCCAUAAUAUCCGGUUCCUCCUGUAAGUGAGCAUUAUUGGUGCAACUACAAAUUGUGAAACAAAAACAAGUUACAGAUCAAGUGUUUGAAAUGACAACCGACCAAUAGUAAUAAUAUACGUCCCACUAUCAGGUCUGUCUUGAACCAAACCGGGGCUGUUGUCACCUUUGUGCCAGGGUCCUGGCUGUGACAUUUAGUUUAGGUGGGGACCUAGUUUUCAUCAGCAUCCUUUCUUGAGUCUGAAUCCUAGUGGUUACCAAUGGCUGCACUGGACACUACCAGCCAAAUCCAUGCUCGAGGGCUUUUCGGUACAGCUGAAUGAUGACCGUGACAUGAUUUAAUGAUUUAGAAAUAUAUGAAAUUUGCUAUAAUAUAUCUGUCGACCAGUGGCCACCUUAUACUGGAAGUGACCAUGAGAUUGGCAAGCGAACCAGACCCCCAGAUUCCUUUGAUACUUUCAUUAAAGUAACACGUUUAAAGGACUGAUAUGUCCUAAGGCCAAAAUGUGCGAUUUAAAAAUAUGUCAUUGCUUAUAUUUUAUUUGAAUUUUCUUUUCUUUAUUAUUUAUUUUUAUUAGCUAAGUCAUCUAAAGCUAAACAGUCGAUGCUGGAGAAAUUCGAGAGGCAGGCACAGUGCUUUGAAACAGAUCAUAUUUAUCAUAUUCCUGGCAGCAAAAUACCUGAAAAUGGUAAAUAUUUUUGUUUUCUCUUUCUUUCUUUGAUACAUAUUCUCUCCCUCCACCUCCCUUCCUCCCCUCUAUUACCCGACCCUGUCCAUCCAGUCCAUGUGAAGCUCAUUUUGGAUAAACAUCUGACCAUACAUACCUCGCCAAUACUAUUUCACAAGUAAAAAUAUUGUGUAAACUUAAUACCAACUGCCAAUCUGUCUAACUGGUUCUAGACUUGAGUAAAGUGAGCUCCCUGUGUAUAUGGCAUGAAUUAUUGCAGAUUGUUGUACGUUAAAAGUUGUUUUUUUUUUAAUUUGUUUAUUUAUUUGUUUGUAGGUUCAGCAAAAGUGAAAUAGUAAGACUCGCAGGUCUAAUCGUGUAUGUUAAAAGUUGUGAUUUUUGUUCAUUCUUCAUUAAAACUCUUCUUCGAUUUCCAUACCCUUUGCUUGGUCCUUUUUCACACAUUGUUCUUAAAUGAACUUUGAUUAACAAAUACUAUAUAUAUAUUUAAAACUUUGCCUAAACCUGUAAAAGAUGGGGACAUUGUGUUUUUUUUCUGUUGCCAUUUCCUGAUUCUGUGGAAUUUUCAGCACAGGUUUCUACUGAUUGAGUGAUCUUAUUGUGUAUUCUUCUUAAAUUGCAUCAUUACUGAUGCAGGAAUCGAAACAGGUUACUCGAAAAGGAGGAUGCAAUUAAAUAGUAGGUGUAAUAUCUAUUUGAGGCAGGUAGAGUUACAUCAUUACUUUCUUACUAGGUAGCUGGGGAGUGUUUUAGGCAGAUCCAGGGAGAGAUAAACAGGGUUAUUUACUAAAUGGAGAAUUGUCGAAAAUUCAAAGAGAAUUUAACGUGAAUUUUAAACUUGUCCAAAUUAGCCGAAUUCAGACAAAAAUUCAGUCAGAUGCUUUCAGUUGAGCUAAACUUUGAAAUUCACUUUGAAUUCCCUACAGUCCUCAUUUAGUAAAACCCCUGAAAGUUUAAUUUAACCGCAACCCUUAUCUCACACCUAGAAUUCUGUAUUUCAGAAAAAGAUGCUUGCACCAAAGUCUUCGAUCAAUUAAUGCCAGUGAUCCUGAAAGAGGUGAAUAUCUCAACUAUCAUCUGAUAAUGCUUCAAACAGCAAGUAACCAAUUUUUUAAAUAAUAAGAAAGAAAAAAAAAAUAUAUAUAUAUAAAUUCGACUUAUGGAUUCAGAUUCACACGAACUGGGAAUCAGUUGAAAAUUGGCCAGUUCAGUGGUCUGGCUAACGAAUAGCCAAACUGCCAGAUGACCAAAUCAAAGAUGUCCCAAAUCAGAUGAUGGAUGCAGUACUUCCAUUUAGUUAUUCCUUGACGCUGGAUACUAAAGGUCAAAAUGAAGAAAAGGAAUCUGUUUAAUUUUGCUCUUUCAGCACCUUAGUUUGGUAUCCUUACAUGGGCUUGCUGUAUUUAAGGAUACCAUAAGUAAUAUAUCUACUAAACAUUUACUAAUUUGGUAUCCUUAGAUAUGGCAAUCCCACAAACGGUUAGCAAAUUAGGGGACUAUCUAAUAAACAAAAUGAGGAAAAACAAGAGAACACAUAAUUUGAUCUGUCUGAGUCAAACAACAAACAGAACUUAUUGGACAAAAAUUUAGUUGAACCAAAUUGUCCAAUGAACAAAUUUGGUUCAUCUGAAUCAAAAAUGUAUUUUCUAAAGAACUGAAUAUUUAACACGACUGAUAUGCAUACAGGUGAUACUCGAACAAUGUGAAUAUCGUGCAAAAAGUUCAUUUAUUUCAGUAAUGCAACGUAAAAGGGGAAACUAAUAUAUGAGAUAGACGCAUUACAUGCAAAGCAAGAUAGUUCAAGCCGUGAUUUGUCAUAAGUGCGAUGAUUAUGGCUUACAGCUCAUGAAAACCUCAAAUCCACAAUCUCAGUAAAUAAGAAUAUUACAUGCAAUCAAUAAAACAAGGAGUGUACAUAGAACAAUAUCGGACCUCUGAAAAGUAUCAUGCAUAUGGACUCAGGACUUGGUUUAGGCCCCUUUUGCAGCAUUUAAUGCCUCAAUGCGGCGUGGCAUGGAAGCUAUCAGCCUGUGGCACGAGGUGUUAUGGAAGACCAGGAUGCUAGUGGCUUUCAGCUCUUCUGCAUUGUUCGGUCUCAUGUCUCUCAUCUUUCUCUUGGCAAAGCCCCAUAGAUUCUCUAUGGGGGUCAGGUCAGGUCAGGUUCAGGUCAGGCGAGUUUGCUGGCCAAUCAAGCACAGUAAUCCCAUGCUCACUGAACCAGGCUUUGGUGCUUUUGGCAGUGUGGGCAGGUGCCAAGUCCUGCUGGAAAAUGAAGUCAGCAUCCCCAUAAAGCUCGUCUGUGGAAGGAAGCAUGAAGUGCUCCAAAUUCUCCUGGUAGACGGCUGCGUUGACCUUAAUGAAGCACAGUGGACCAACACCAGCAGAUGACAUGGCUCCCAAAGCAACACAGACUGCGGAAACUUCACACUGGACUUCAAGCAUCUUGCAGUGUGUGCUUCUCCAUUCUUCCUCCAGAUUCUGGGUCCUUGGUUUCCAAAUGAGAUGCAAAAGUUGCUCUCAUCAGAAAAGAGGACUUUGGACCACUGAGCAACAGACCAGGUCUGUUUUUUUUUUAGCCCAGGUAAGACGCUUCUGACGUUGUUUGUUGUUCCGUAGCGGCUUGACAAGAGGAAUACGACAUCUGAAGCCCAUGUCCAGGAUCCGUCUGUGUGUGGUGGCUCUUGAUGCACUGACUCCAGCCUCAGCCCACUCCUUGUGAAAGUCCCCAACACUUUUGAAUGGCCUUUUCCUGACAAUCCUCUCCAGGCUGCGGUCAUCCCUGCUGCUUGUGCACCUUUUUCUUCCACACUUUUCCCUUCCACAUAACUUUCUGUUAAUGUGCUUUGAUACAGCACUUUGGGAACAUCCAACUUCCUUCGCAAUUACCUUUUGAGGCUUUCCCUCCUUAUGGAGGGUGUCAAUGAUGGUUUUCUGCACAACUGUCAGGUCAGCAGUCUUCCCCAUGAUUGUGAUUCCUACUGAACCAGACUGAGAGACCAUUUAAAGACUCAGAAUCCCUUUGCAGGUGUUAUGGUUUACUUAGCUGAUUAGAGUGCGACGUUGUGAGCCUAGAAUAUUGCAUCUUUUCACAAUAUUCUAAUUUACUGAGAUUGUGGAUUUGGGGUUUUCAUGCUGUAAGCCAUAAUCAUCGCACUUAUGACAAAUCACGGCUUGAACUAUCUUGCUUUGCAUGUAAUGCUUCUAUCUCAUAUAUUAGUUUCCCCUUUUACGUUGCAUUACUGAAAUAAGUGAAUUUUUGCACAAUAUUCUAAUUUUUCGAGUAUCACCUGUAGAUAUAAUCUGUUGAUGAAAGUGGUGUUAGAAUUUUACUUUCCGAAGUAAAAAAGAUAAUGUCACAAGUUACAAGUAAUGGAAGUUUCAGCCAAUGAGAAGUCUUUUAUCUCACUAUAACCAAGACCUUCCCCUUACAGUCCAUAGGUAAAUGGAGUCUGACCAUUUCAGCCUAUGAGAAGAAAGAUCCUACUCUCUCUGAUGUUUUGCUUGAUUACGCAUGGAUGGAAAUAGACUUUGAGAAUGGUAGACCACACAUGUCCUAUGUAUCCAUAAAGUAAGUGUCAAGGAUUGUGAAAAAGCUAUUUAAGCUUGAGUAGGGCUUCUCUAAUUGCCCUUCCUCUGCUGGGUCAUAACAAUAUGAUUUAUGUAUUUCAGUGAAGGGUCCUUAUUCCGAAUGGGGAGGGAUAAUAUUGAACUGGAAGACACCAACGGUUUGGUAACAUUUAAAGGUAAAUUCUAAUCCUUAGAAAUCUCUAGUCUUCUAGGGAGCACAAUGGGUCAAUGGUGACCAUGUAACUUUUUGAAUACUUUUUAAUGCUUUGCUCCUUGAAAUAUUUAGACAUUGUUAUUGAUUCUGUCUUUUUAUGUUUUACUCCUUCCUAGUCAAUAGAUUCACUAAUUCACCCACCAGAACAAAAUUCUAAAUAUUUAGAAAUCACCAUGGAAACCAAUGGACUCUUGGACCUGCUGAUUAUAGAACAGCUUUUUAUGCAGAGAGGGUUUUUCACCAAACUGAGAAUUCAAAGUGAAUUUCACAUUUAAGGUUUAACCCCUUAAGGACACAUGACGUGUGUGACAUGUCAUGAUUCCCUUUUAUUCCAGAAGUUUGGUCCUUAAGGGGUUAAGUAGCUGAGCUGGACAUAUAACUGACUUCGAGAAUAUUUCUAGGUCAGCUAUUUUGAGCUUAAAUGUGAAAUUCUUUUUGAAAUUGCUGUGAAUCCUCACUUUGCCCAAAAUUCCUCUCCACUCCUUUCUUUAAAUUGUGCCCCCCACCGCUGUCCCAAUUACUCUUUUUCACUAAUUGUUAUUUAAUUUCUUUUUAUCGCAGUCAUUAUGCUGAAGUAUAAAUACAUUUUUGGCCACAAUCGUCAAACUGAUCUCGUAGCUGAUUUUCCAAUCCGGCUAUUUCAGCCUCAAUUAUAAAGGGGAUACUGUCACUUCUUUAAAUUUGACUUCACUAAAUAAGACAUUGCUCUUAUCUGCCCUCACAGUCUAUGUUUCUAUAUGUUUCCCCAACACUUUUAAGAAAACAUAAUAUUAAAAACCCUGGGAAGUGACCGAUUUCCUUUACAAGAUUAAGAUAGUUGUAUUCUCCAAGUCAGUCAUGAUUUCAGUUUGGCUACUCAGUCUUAAAUUAUUUAGUAAAUAAUCCCGAAUAUGAGUAAAAAAGAGGCCGUGGAUUUCCAAAUUCAGCGCACGCUGUGGGUUGCUGUAGAUAUAGUAGGACGCAUAUCUCCAUGGUUGAUCACUGUGUGUGUUUACAAAACUAACUCCUUCUCCACUCCAGAUAGAAGCACAUCACUCAGAUCCACCAUGUUCCGUGUGAGCGCAGACUGUAUCAUGUUCUCCACCUUAUCCCAUAACAACCCAGAUGGAAUGGUUUUCCUAUUCUGUAAGUAAAAGUCUUUCAUCCUUCUCCUUUCACAAUGGCUAAUGGUUUCUAGUGUGGAUUUAUUCCCAGCUGGCACCCCUGGUAAUAUGAUGACAAUAUUGGGGAAUGCAGAUCUACUUGACCCAGGUCUGCUUUUAGUAGAGACUACAAUGUAACAUAGACACCAUAUUGUAACACUGCGGGAUCCAGGGACCAAAUAUCAGUGCUAUCAACCACCAGGGCAUGAUAUUAUUACACUAAACUAGUAACAUAUAACUGUGAGCUCCUGAACAACCCCUUGAGCAUUUGCCAUUAGGUUAAAAAAAAUUUCUUUGUAUUUUUAUCCUCUUUUGGUCAAAACACAUUUAGCUUUACUCCUCGGACUAUUAACAGAGAGUUUAUUCUCAUGUACACACAGCUCUGAUGUUCUCGACACUCUCUCCAUUACAACAGGUCGUUCUACCCAGGUUCCGGGCGUUGACAUUAAGAAGUUUGUCGAUUAUGCAUUCUGCAUGAAAUUGAACUACAUAGUGAUAAGGAAACACUCCUGUGAGUACUGGGAUGGAUAUUUGGGAUUUAGGAUUACUGUACUGGGAGAGUCAAAAUGGCUGCCAACAGGAUGCAAUAUACAGGCCCUUAAUGAAGUAGGUGGGGGAACGGAUGCUGACAAGGAAAGUAGAGGAAGGGAAAAGAGAUAAAAGAAGAGGAGAGGAGUGGGGUGGAGAGGAGGAUGAAGGAAGGAGAGGAAGUAGGAUAGAAAGUAAUAAUGUCGAAAUUACAUUGAAACAUGGGGGAAUAACAUCAUUUAGUGAAAUGGGGAACUGGUGAAACUGAGGUUAACCAAGUGCCGAAUAACACUAAGGUGCCCCUGGUCUAUAUAUGGACUUCAUGUUGAUGUUAUUUUAUUUUAACAUAAAAUUAUAGUUUUGUUUUUUUCCCCAGCACUGGGCUGCUUAGAUUUACCACAUGAAAUUGAGAUACUGGAAGACCAGAAGGUAAUAUACAUGUGUACAUAGAAAGUAUAUAGAAAAUACACUUCGUUUUGUUGAUGAUGUUGUCAACAUAUAUUACAGGAAGGCCUAGCAAUCUGUGAUUAUUCAGCGUUAAUGAACUAUAAAUCCCAGAGGGUUCUGGGAGUUUAAUUCACAGAGGCUGUUGACUUCAAGGAUUUUAAUGAAUAUAACUAGGAAAGAGAUUUAUGUAGUGAGAAUUUGAGAAAUUAAUUUCUCUUUAUAGCAAAGUCAAGAACAUUAGGGCUUAUCUUCAUGUUUACUGCAAUAAUUUAUCAACAACUUGAUAAUCGCUAAAAUGGCUGUCACUAUCACUGGAGAUCACCACAUUUUUCUGGCUGCAGUUUUUAACAUUUAAAAUCUGAUAAUUAGCAGUUACUGAGGCUUUUAAUGUUUCCCGACAGAAUCAGUUAGACUCUUGGUAACACCCGGUUUCCUUCGAAAAUAUAUUUAAAAAAAAUACCAUUCCUGGCUUUCUGGCUUAACAUUUUUCUAGCCUCACCUAGGUCUAAAAAGAGAAAAUAAAAUAGCGUCUCUGUAAACUGUCUGGGCAUUCUGUACUCAAAAUUCUAAAGCCUAUCCGGAACUGGUGGGUUUAGUUUUCAGUAAAUACUUGUGAUAUUUGGCAAGACAGGUAUUUGGAAAUGCAUAGGGAUACUUGCUCAGAAGAUCACACGUGAGCUGAAUGAACCUUUUACGGUCCUGGUGGAGUUGGCAAUGAAUUGGAAAAUUAGUCCUUUUCCUGAUGUCGAAAUUGCCGAAUGUAAAGUCAUGGUUAAUAUCAGUGGAGAUGGAUGUGAUUAACGAGCUGACAUUAAAUAUAAUGGAUGCCUGUUGAUAUUCUUUUUAAUUUUCUCUCCAAACAUCUAAGGGCUGUUGGUGACUACUGCUUAAUGCAUAACGGCUGUGUUAAGCUACAAGUAUAGUAACCAGUCCUUUGUUGAAUAUCACCUGGUGACACUUUUUCUGAUGGUAAUGCUACUGAACUCCAAAAUGGUUAUCAACGUAAACAGGGCUUGACUUCGGUCAUUGUUAAUCACGUGAUUUCAAAUUGCAAUUUCAGGUCGAAAUGUUCAAGACAAACAAAAUGGAUACGUCUUGAAUCUUACUGCCUGUUUAACUCCUUUUAUAGUGAAGUGAGGAUGAUAAUAGCUGACAUGUGUGAAAUUAAACUGUUCUGUUAAAGGGACACUCUGGCCACCAUAAUAGCUUAUCAGAAUUAAGUUGCUAUGGUUCAAGACGGUCCCAGCUGCUGGUAAACUCAAGGGGAUAAACCAUUAGCAAAAUAUUUAACCCCAAAGUCUUUAAUCCAGCACCCAUCAGCUCUGCCCCAGAACGUUUGUUUCAGUCCGGAGGCUUCAAUUAGCUCUCAGCCUAUCAGUUGCUUCCUAUUCACAAAAUAGAGGGAAAAAGUUAUGUACCACAGUGUAACAGUGCUCAAAUGUACUUUAUUUAAUCUAAUUAAGCAAGCAGGAAUCCUUCAUAUAAAAUUGGUAACUCUGCUCCACAUAUCAUCUGCUCAAGGAAGGUGUGUGUGGUGUUAGUUCUGCUUAUGUGCAAAGCCUUUACAAAUUUGAGGGGGGUGGGGGUUAAUUAUUUAAAGUGUUUUCUGGGGUUUGUCAAUUGUCUGUGUGUAUUGAAAACUUCUUAGGAAGGAUUCCUUGACAGUUUAACAGGGACCCCUAGCCACGGAUGACUUUGGCUCCCCAUCCAAGCAAUUGUGUUAAAAGUGUUGGAGCGAGGUUGGGGGCAUGUCUGCUAAACAGCGCGAAGCCAGUGGCUGCUGACUGCAAUAAAAGACUAGUGACUGGUUAGUCAGGGUUCUAAUUAAAUAUACAAGGCUGGUCGGCAUGGAAUUGUCCACCCUCUGAGUUGUCCUCAAGUCCCCACCUGAUUGGCCAGGGGUCACCAAGCCCAGCCAUAGACACCCCACACACAAAAUAAAAGUAACCUAUCUAGCCCACUCACUCCAAUAAUAAUGAGGGGGAGAGGGGUAAUAAAACAAAUACUUGUAAAAGCAAAUUAUACUUACCAUUAAAUGUCUUGUUUCUUUGUAAAUCUCUACUUUAAAAAAAAGAAAAAAUUGGCGAAACACACCAACACAAUAGCUUUUAUGUCAUUCUUUUUUAAUUAGUAACCGGGUAACCAGAGGAUUUUUUUCAAACACCCGACUCGUUUAUCAAGCUGCGGCUGGCACUAAAUCCAGUAGAAAUUUGAUAAAAAUAUUGUCCAAAUCCAGUGGAUUUCCAGCUGAGUGUUGUUAAUAAUAUAACGUUGAGGCAUUUGCGGGGUCUUAUUCCAUGAUUAAAUCAAUAAGUGACAGAAGAUAUGCUAUAUGCAAUAUUAUUACUAUUUAUUUAUAAAGCUCCAACGCACUUGUUUUCUCUCACAAACCAGAUUGCUGGAAAAUGGAAUGUUGUUGCCGUGGCAUCUAGUAUAAUGACAGGUGAACAUGAUCUAAGCCCUGAGAUGCACUUUAAUGUGCAAGAUGAGAAGAUCACAAUCACUGGCAGGUGAGAUAUGAACUGUUUUUUACACGUUGUGCCUAGUACUGGUUAUUGUUAUAUAGUGUGCUAUGCUAUUAUUACAUAAUAUAAAUUGCUGGAACUUAAAUCCUUAUAGCUCAAGUAAAUGGCAGUGUGAUUGACCAAAACAGCCCAGACAGUCAUUUCUGGACUACACCAAUGAUACAUGGGCAUAAGAAAUGUUUAAUUUUAGCUGCAACAAAUUUUUUUUAGCCUGUCGUUGGCAGGGACGAAUUCAGAGCCCAAUAUUGGGAGCAGCUCGACUUAUUUUGCUGCAAUGUUAAAAAAAUAAAUUUCCUAAAUUACCUAAUGGCAUUCCUCCAGUGUCAACAUCCAUGACUAUAUGUUCUUACCCCAAUGCCUUUAUGCACUAUAUAAUCCCCAAACACCCUCAUGCAUUACUUUAUUAAUUUCCCCGGCCCUGCACUGCUCCUACGCUGCAGGAAUAGGAGAAAAUAUGAGUAUUAUCCUAGUAAUGUACGCGAUUCAGUACCAAGAAUCUCCCUAUUAAACGUGUAGGGGGCAGCUCUGUUAAUGAGGGUAAUGCCCCACCCCCCCAUGGCAUGAUAAGCAAUGGACACCUGCGGUGUGGGAACAGGAACACUGUAUGGUUUUAUAUCUUUGUUGGUGGACAUUGCACUACAGGCAUUCCCUACUGUAACUACAGUGAGCCCUAGCUCAGCAUCACAGCUAAUGUGUUAAUGUGAUUACAGGAAUAGUACGCUCACAGUGGACCGAAAAGAAGGGAACAGACUGCACUACACUGCAGGUAGGAUACAAUACCUGAGAAUGAUUUAUAUAAUUUCUAAGAGUUCAUUUAAGGGGGGUGGGGGUGGAUAAAGGUGUGUUUUGACUCACACAUUUGCUAUUGUAUUUCUCUCCAUUAGAUGGCGCUGUGAUGGAAUUUAGAUUUUAUGAACUAACUGAAGGUCUUCUGAUAGCUUGGAAUGGGAGCCCCACCACCCACCGGAUCUUUCUGACCUUAUUGUGUGAGUGUCACUUCUGUUAUGUAUUCCAAGAACCUAACCUAUAUCUUCAUAUAAUUUCAAUGUAUCAGUUUCCCUUAUAGAUAAUGCCUAUUUAAUUCAUGUGUUACAGCCAAAUCUGAUCGUGUGGACUCAGCGGACAUUGAUAGAUUCAAACAUUUUGCAUCCUGUUUGACGGUUCCUGUGGUGUUUAUAAAGGAAUAA